UAAAAGAACCUUGUCCUUACCAAAGUUUAACUUAGUUGCAGUUGGGAUGAAAACGGGUAUCCAAAUUCUUAGGAUAAAUUUAAUAUUUUAAAAUUAAUAUGUACGAAAUUGGAUGCUUAGAUUUUCUUAUGUUAUCAAGCACAUUAUUAUAAGUAAGAAUAAAACUUUGCUAGUGUCAUAUUCUAUGGUUUGAUGUGUACUAGUCUGCGUACAUGUGUUUAUCGUUUAAAAAUAAUUGUUUUGGUAAAUUUUUAUCGUUAUCGAUGCACUUUUGAUUGUAUACUUUCGUUAUCGAUAUUAUUGAAAUAUGGAUACCGUUUUCGUUUUCGACAAUAUCGUAUCGUUUUCGUUUCCGUCAAAAUAAUUUGAAAGUGAAAGUGGUGGAGUCUUUUUCCGAUCGUUUUCGACCGUUUUCAGCCUUACCCAAACCCUUAUUUAAAGCUAUAUGGCUAUUUGAUGUUUGCUUACUUCGUAUUUCUUGUAAAAACCAUCGGUCGGUCCGCCCCUGGUAGCAGCAGCAGGAGGACACCAUGAAGCUUGACGUGAAUGCCCUUCGCUACCUCGCCAAGGACGACUUCCGUGUCCUCACCGCCGUCGAGAUGGGCAUGCGCAACCAUGAGAUUGUUCCAGUAGAACUUAUUGACAGGAUUGCCAGAUUGAAGCAUGGAGGCACAUACAAAGUGCUGAGGAAUCUUUUGAGGAACAAGCUGGUGCAUCAUGGUGCCACUAAAUACGAUGGAUAUCGGCUCACCUAUCUGGGAUAUGACUUCCUUGCCAUCAAGACUUUGGUUAAUCGAGGAGUUUUUGCUUCAGUUGGCCGCCAGAUUGGUGUUGGAAAGGAGUCAGAUAUAUUUGAGGUAGCCACAGACGAUGGUACAGUACUUGCCAUGAAGCUUCAUAGGUUGGGCAGGACAUCUUUUAGAGCUGUGAAAUCUAAGCGUGACUAUCUAAGGCACCGAAGGAGCUUUAAUUGGCUGUAUCUCUCACGACUCGCAGCCUUGAAGGAAUUUGCCUUUAUGAAGGCUUUAGGAGAUCAUGGUUUCCCUGUUCCAACUGCUGUGGAUUGCAACCGGCAUUGUGUGAUCAUGUCACUUGUGCAGGGAUAUCCUCUUGUUCAAGUGAAAAAGUUACAAAAUCCGGAUGAUGUUUUUGACUCAAUUCUUGGUCUUAUCGUUCGUUUGGCUGAGCAUGGACUCAUACACUGUGACUUUAAUGAGUUCAAUAUCAUGAUUGACGAUGAUGAAAAAAUUACAGUGAUUGACUUUCCGCAGAUGGUGUCUGUUUCUCACCGUAAUGCCCAAAUGUUUUUUGACCGAGACAUUGAAUGCAUCUACAAGUUCUUUAACAAAAGGUUCAAUCUGAGGUCAGUGAAAAAUGAAGAACAAGCUGGAUCUGAAAAUGAUGAUGAAGGGAACAGCAGACCUUCCUUUUUGUCCGUGGAAAAGGGUGCUGGUUCCUUGGACAAGGAACUAGCUGCCAGUGGAUUUACCAGGAAAGAGAAAGUGGAUAUGGAUAAGUACAUCGAGGAAGUUGUUGAAGGGCAUGAUUCCAGCUCAGAUGAUGAUAAUGAUGAGGACAGUUCCGAUGAGCCUGAUUGUGAUCUUACCCCAAGUGAUUCAGACGCGCCUGGAACUUUUUCUGAAGAGCAUGGAACAAGUUGUAGCGGCGAGAACAGAUUGGAAAUUCCUCCCUCGGAUGGCAAUGGAGUGGUUAUGGCACCGCUCGAAUCUGGGAUCAAGACGUUUUCCAUGGAAGAUGAUGAUAACGAUGAUGGCUCGUCAGAGGAUGCUGAUGAAGAAGAAGAUGCUGAGCUCACGAAACAAUUGAACAAGCAAAGGAGAAAAGCAAUCGCAGCUGCCCAUGGGCGGAGAAGACCAACGUCAUCCAGGAACGCCUACAAGGACAAGGGUAAGGGCACCAUGAACUCCAAGAUGCAGAGGCAGGCGUGCAACUGGUGAUGGUUGAGUGCCUCUUGCGGCAGUAAAUAGAUUAGGCGCAGGGUUUUGUGUGGUUGUAUAACCGUGGGACCCUUUACUAGAAUCAACUCCGGCUUUAUAUUUUUACUAGGUGAGUAAUCGUGCGUCGCAACGAGAACACAUAAUAUUACGAGAACUUAUAUAUAAAAUGUCGCAACGAAAACAUAUAAUAUUAUGAGAACUUAUAUA